UGUGACAUUUACGUGCAAUUAUCCAAAACAAUCAAUCAAACCUCCCUCAACAUCGCGAAACCAGUUACAGAUCCAUCAUCAACCAUACAAACAAAGGCACCUCCAAAUCAUCACCACCUUCGUCUUCGCAAGCAAGAACAAUAACCAAACUCAACGAUGUCGUGUUGUGUCGGAUGCUGUGCGUCUUUGACCUGCGGUCUGUGCACAUCAGCCGCAUCAACAAUCACGAAAAAGUCAGCUAGACUCGGUUAUUGCGGUCUCUUCGGCCUCUCGUUAAUCGUCUCCUGGGUCCUCCGUGAAAUCGGCACCCCUCUUUUAAAGAAAAUCUCUUGGAUCAAUACUUCUGAUACUCUUUCUGAUGAAUGGUUUCAAAUGGAGGCUGUGCUGCGGGUCAGUUUUGGAAAUUGUUUGUUUUUUACGAUACUGGCGGUGAUGAUGAUCGGUAUAAAGGAUCAGAACGAUAGACGUGAUGGCUGGCACCAUGGGGGGUGGAUUUUCAAGAUUGUGAUAUGGGCUCUGCUUAUUGUCCUCAUGUUUUUCCUUCCGAAUCCGGUUAUAUCGGUUUAUGGAUUUAUUUCGAAAUUUGGAGCGGGGGUCUUUUUACUGGUUCAAGUAAUUAUAUUAUUGGAUGCUACGCAUUCAUGGAAUGAUGCUUGGGUUGCCAAAGACGAACAGAAGUGGUUUGUUGCUUUACUUGCAGUAUCGGUUACUUGCUAUAUCGCUGCAUUCACAAUCUCAGGGCUGCUGUUUAUCUGGUUCAAUCCAUCUGGCAACGACUGUGGUCUAAAUGUCUUCUUUCUUGUGAUGACAAUUAUUCUCGCAUUUUCAUUUGCUGUUAUUGCACUGCAUCCCGCGGUGAAUGGUAGUUUGUUGCCUGCUUCAGUUAUUUCAGUUUACUGUGCUUAUGUAUGCUACACUGGUCUUUCUGCCGAACCUAGAGAUUACGCGUGCAAUGGUUUAAACAGUUCGAAAGCUGUCACCACCGGGACACUGAUUAUCGGCAUGCUUACGACUGUUUUAUCAGUUUUAUAUUCGGCUCUACGUGCUGGUUCUUCGACAACGUUCCUGUCACCUCCAUCUUCUCCGAGAGCAGCAGGUGAGCGAUCACCAUUUCUAGAGUCGGAAGAACUGGAAUCAGGCAAAGGCAAGAAAGAAGUGGAAGCAAGACCCGUGAGUUAUUCAUACACGUUUUUCCAUCUGAUAUUUGCAUUGGCGAGCAUGUAUUCGGCCAUGCUUUUAUCUGGAUGGAGCAGUUCAGAAAGCUCGGAUCUCAUUGAUGUCGGGUGGACAUCGGUUUGGGUUAGGAUCUGCACCGAGUGGGUCACUGCUGGGCUUUAUAUUUGGUCACUCGUUGCUCCACUCAUCUUCCCUGACCGUGAUUUCUAUUAGAUAUACGUUUGGUUAUAUCAUGUUUUAGUAUGUGGAUAUAUUAGUGUGUGAAAUGUAAAUAAACGUGUGUGCGGGGGCUGUAAGAGCGAAGUGGCCGUUGUUUAAAUGUUGGUGGUCGUUGUGAAGGUGUUCGUGAGAUAAAGAUUCUAUUGUUCUCGUGUCUUUCCUAUAUAUAUGCUUAAUAGCUAUUUCUAGUAGUUA